AUGGAUGAGGAUGAUCUUCGACCACCAGAAAUUCGCUCAUUAGCUGGAACUACACGUCAUCGUUUAUGUGCUGGACAAGUUUGUGUUAGUGUUGCUUCGUGCAUUAAAGAAUUAAUAGAAAAUAGUCUCGAUGCGAACAGCACACGUUUACAAUUGACAUUUAUAGCACAUGGUGCAGAUCUUAUUGAACUUGUCGAUAAUGGCGAUGGUAUUGCUGAACAUGAUUUUGAAAAAAUUGGGCUACGAUAUCAUACAUCGAAAAUAAGUCAAUUUGAAGAUCUUCAAUAUGUGAAUACAUAUGGAUUUCGAGGUGAAGCGUUAUCAUCGAUGUGUAUUUAUGCUGAUGUAACUAUUUUGACACGUCAUGCAUCAGCAUCAAUAGGAACAAAAUUAAUAUUCGAUUGUGAAGGUCAAGUUAUGUCGCGUACUCCUUGUCCGCGUGAAAUUGGUACGACAGUGUCAAUUCGUUCGUUAUUUAAUCGUUUUCCUGUUCGUCGCACUGAAUUACGUUCUCGUUCAAAACGAGAAUUUUCUCAAGCUUUAAAUGUCAUCCAAUCAUUCGCUAUUAUAUCACGGCAAGUUCAAUUUUUUCAAGUAUUAUCAUCAUCAGAUAAUCAUCCACCCACAACUCCAUUAUUAACAUUAACACCAUCAACGUCAUUAAAAGAUACAUUGGCACAACUAUUUGGAUCGAAAAUACUUGAGAGUAUUAUACAUAUUGAUGAUAAUAAUGAUGAUGAAAAUAGAGAAUUUAAAUUCGAUGGUUUUAUUUCUCGACCUCAACAUGGUUCUGGUCGUUCAUCAACUGAUCGACAAUAUCUCUAUGUAAAUAAUCGACCUAUUGAUUGUGCACCUUUAUUACGUACAAUCAAUGAUAUCUAUCGACAUUUCAAUCCAAAUCAAUAUCCACUUGCUGUAUUAAUUAUUGAAGUACUCGAUCGAAGUACAUUAGAUAUAAAUUGUACACCAGAUAAACGAACAAUUUUUAUUGAACAUUUAUCAAAUAUUUGCGAUCAAAUUCGAACUAUUCUUAAUAGAUUAUUUGAAAAAAGUAGUAAUGUCUAUGUUGUAUCGAAUAAACGUCCACAAGAAACAACGGAAAAUAAUGAUACUCUAGUACCACCAGUGAAACAAAUAAGAAUUGAUCGUUUUGUUAAAAGGCCUUCAUCUUCUGACAUUCCAAUAUUAACCACGAGUAAUCCAUUAUCGAAAUUUUCCUGCCCAUUCAAUACGAUUCGUAGUGAAAAAACAAGUUCAUCUUCAUCAAAUUUAUCAACACAAGAUCGAGCAUUAUUCACAUUUGAAUUACAUCCUAUUGCAAAGAGUACUCAAAAUAAUGAAAAAGACAAAAAAGUUGACGAAGUAGCAGAGGAAGAAGAAGAAGAAGAAGAGGACGAAGAAGAAGAAGAAGAUGAAGAUCCACGCGUUUCUACCUUAAUACAUGGUAGUCCAUCGAAAAAAGAUUUUCUUGAUAAAUUAAAAGCACUUAAACAGAGUGAUAUAAAAGAAGGAGACGACAUGGAAAUAAUACUGUCUACUGAUCAUGACUUACAAUCGUAUCAUACAUCAACACCAGCUGUUAAAGAAAACCCGAAAUCAGUCGAACAAUCUGAAAGUAUAAAAGUAACAUCAUAUAAAUCGUGUGAAAUCAAAGUUAAAUUUAAUAUGAAAAAGCUCAAAGAAAAAUAUCGAUCAAUGUCUGCAAAACAAGAUAUGCCAUCGGUAAUAUCGGAUCAUCGUUUUAAUAUUCAUAUUGAAGAAGAUCAAAAUGAAGAAGCUGAAGAUGAAUUAAGAAGACAAAUUGAUAAAACUGAUUUUGAAAGAAUGUCUAUCAUUGGUCAAUUUAAUCGUGGCUUUGUACUUGUCACACUCGUUGAUCAUUCAUCACAAUUAUUUAUUGUUGAUCAACAUGCAGCUGAUGAAAUUUAUAAUUUUCAUCGUCUCUAUGAACAUACAACUAUUAGUCGACAGCCACUUGUCCAUCCAAAAUCAAUACCACUUGAUCCAUCUCGACAAGUUCUUCUUCAACAACAUUUAGCUUUAUUUAAUCGACUUGGAUUUGAUAUUGAAAUUGACGAAAAUGAAACACGCAUUGAUCGUCGCUGUCGUGUUCUGUCCUAUCCAACAGUAUCCGGUGCUCAUUCAUGUGUAUUUGGUAUUGAUGAAAUAGAGGAAAUACUUUCACAUUUAACGGAUACAACUCAAAAAGCAUGCCAAGAAGAACAACAUUAUGAAUCCUCUCGAUUGAGAAAAGUAUUUGCAUCAAAAGCUUGUCGAAUGUCAAUUAUGAUUGGUACUGAUUUAACACGAAAACAAAUGAUAAAUGUGGUUCGACAUCUUGGUCAUUUAACUAAACCAUGGAAUUGUCCUCACGGAAGACCUACAAUUCGACAUGUAUCUAAUCUUAGUGAGGCUACUAAAAGCUUUGUUCCUGAUGGCUAUCACUCGUUCUAA